AUGAAGGCUGUCGGUUUAAAGAAAUAUGGUGAUAUUAAUGUUUUUGAAGAUAUCGACGUACCUAAACCAUCUGCUCCUCAAAAACAACAAUUACUUGUUCGAGUAAAAGCUACUAGUGUUAAUCCAAUUGAUGUCAAAGUACGAGGAGGUGUUUAUGAUGAUUAUCCAGAUUAUUUUGAUCGUGUUCCACUUAAUAAAGAUAAAUAUCAAAUUCUUGGCUUUGAUUCAGCAGGUAUUAUCGAACAAAUUGGACCUGAUGUAACUCGAUUUAAAGUUGGUGAUGAAAUCUAUUUCGUUGCUUCACCUUUUGGUCAUGGAAGUGAUGCUGAAUUAGUUCUUAGUGAUGAACGAGGUGCAGCAUUAAAACCACGUAGUCUUUCAUUUGAACAUGCUGCUGGUAUUCCAUUAACAGCACUUACAGCUUGGGAAUCACUUGUUGAACGUCUUGAAAUAAAAGAAGGUGAACAAGCAGCUAUUCUUAUUAUUAAUGGUGCUGGCGGUGUUGGAUCAAUAGCAACACAAAUAUGUGCUAAAAUUCUUCGUUUACCAGUUAUUAUAACAACAGCAUCAAGAGAAGAAACAAAAAAGUUUAGUAAAGAAAUGGGUGCAACACAUGUUAUUAAUCAUCAUGAAGAUAUUCGAAAACAAAUAAAUGAUUUAAAAUUAAAUAUUCCAUUAAAAUAUGCAUAUAUAACUCAUACAACUGUUGAUGAAUAUGUUAAAAUAUGUGCUGAUGUUCUAUCACCUUUUGGGAAAAUGUGUUCAAUUGUUCAAGGAAAUUUUGAUUUUUAUGGUACACCAAGUAUGGCUAAAUCUUUAACAUUUGUUUGGGCAUUGUUAGGUACAAAAGUACGAUAUGGUAUUGAUAUAGAAAUGCAUGGAGAAGUACUUGAAAAAUUAUCUAAAUUAAUUGAUCAAGGUGAAAUUAAAUCACAUGUAACACAAACCUUUGAUUUUAAUUGUGAAAAUUUGAAAAAAGUUCAUGAUAUUGUUGAAAAAGGCAAGGCAAUCGGUAAAAUUACUUUAAAAAUGAACACAUAA